UGGUGUGGUAUUCCCGCAGCUUUACUUUUUGUUGUUUUUCGGGUCCGCGGAGCUUUAUUUGCGUUCUGGGCAGGUCCGGUUGAGAAAUUUAGACGAGAUGGACGGAGAUCUCGGCUCAUUUGAUCCCAGCAUACCUGAUGAGGGCCCAUCGCCUUCUGGAUGGCUGGAUGAAUACCAGGAUCAGGAAGGAGGAGAUUCAUUUGAUCCAAACAUACCUGAAGAGGGACCAUCAGCGCCCCCUCCUGGAUGGCUGGAGGACAUAGAUGGAUACCAAGGGCAUAAAGGAGGUCCAGAGGACGACGAGCCGCUGUACCCUCCGCCCCCCGCCUACAACCCCCAGCCAGAGGUCAACCGGAGCACCUCGGUCCCCACCAUCCGAGUCCCGUCCAUAUCGGAGGACGUGGCCCGAGACGCUUUGCUCAGGUUUGUCGAGUCCAAAUGGAAGUACAGCUCCAAACCGGCCCGGAACCUCACUUUCAAGGACCUGAAGCCCGUCACCGUCUACCGGUAUCGACUGGAGACCUACACUGAGACCAGAACCAGCGCCUGGCAGUUGGAGCCCUACAACGGCCAGGCGGUGGACGGCCCCCAGUACGGGGCGAGCCCCCCGCCCUGGGACAUCCCGGUGUCGCCGCCGCAGAUGUACUCCAACAGGGUGGAGAAGAUCCCAGUGCCACACUCGUCCUUCGUGAAGGUGUGCCAUAAAUGCCACGGCUGUGGGAGGACGCGCUGCGCCGGCUGCUUCGGCCGAGGAAUGAAACGCUGCAGCUUCUGCCACGGUAAUGGGCGGGCCAGAAAAAAACGCUGCACUUCCUGUCAUGGGCGAGGCCGCCGCAGGUGUGUCAGUUGCCGUGGAGACGGCUACAAGACCUGCUCUGUUUGCCACGGUGCCCAGAAGCUGCUGCACUUCAUCCAGCUCACAGUCACAUGGAAAAACAACGUGAGCUGCUUCAUCCCGGACCGCCAGCCGGACUUCCCAGACAGGAAGUUUGAGAAGGUGUCAGGCGACCCAUUCUUCAUCGACGAGAACGUUCUGGUGUAUCCAAUCCAUGGCUUCCCUGAUCAGGAGAUCUGCGACGUUUCAGCCAAACUGAUCAACGAUCACCUGUAUCGCUUCACCUCCACCAGCCGCAUCCUCCAGCAGCGUCAGACCAUCGAGCUGGUGCCCCUCACUCACGCCUUUUACUCGUACGGCGGGAAGGACUACAGCUUCUACGUUUACGGGACGGAGAACAAGGUCUUCACUUCCAAGUAUCCCACCGCCUGCAGCAUUUUAUGAGCUCAGCAUGCAGGAAAACACACAGAUAUACCCCAGAUCACUGUUGACCUCUGACCCCACACUGUACAUAUACAUUUUUAUCUGUGAUUAGAAGAGUUAUGGACUGCUUUAAACAUGCUGCCAUCAUGUUGGACCUUGAAGGUCAAAAUGAAAAACCUUCAUUGGUUCUUUGAGGCACCUCCAGGUGUUCAGGGUAAAACUUUUGCUGAAAUGAUUUUUAAAAGACAAUCUAAUAGUUUGGUUGGUUGCAACGAGAUGAAUACUUCCACUAAAAUACUCAGAUAAAUCUGAGUAGGACCAGAAGAAGCAGGUUCUUCAGAUUCCAGAGGGUCAGUUUGGGUCAGAUGGAGGAAAAUAGUUGUAGUGGGUCUAUAAAAACCAAACCUGAACAGAACCGAGACACUUAAGGAUCAAGCAUAACUCCCCCUACUGGUACCCUGAGGUAUUACCAGCAGAUUAAAACAUCAUUUUAUCACAUUAAGGCCGAGAUUUUAACAAAAAAUGUAUUCUUCCACAAUAUUUUUGACAUUUAUUAUUUAUAUCAGUUUGAAAUUAACUUAAAGGGCAUCACUUUUACAGAUAAACGUCAUUUAUAAUUUAUUGAUGAAACGUUUUGUGUAUAUCAAUGAUUUUAGAAAAUAUUGAAGAGGCAUAAUUCUGUAUUUAAAACUAGAGGACACAUCUAUUAAUGAAUCAGUACCACCAAGUGUAGAAAACAACCAGGUAAUAAUGUGAAAUAAUAAUGUAUUGAUUAAAAUUUCUUACAUUUUAUACGACUGAACACAAUUUUUUCCUCUUCUUCAACUAUUUUCUGUUUUUGAGAUUUCUUUCUGACUGUGAUGAAAUCUAAACUCCUUUAUAUCAGCAACAGAGCCAGGAUGUUUUGGUUUGAUUUAAAGCAGGGCUUUGACUAGGACAGUCAGAUGAAGUAAAGACUGCUCCAUGAGUUGUCCAUGUUCAGAACUUUGUUUCAGUUUUAUUUUCCUUAGUUUUUCUUUUAUGUUCUGAUUAAUGGGUAAACUACAGACAGAGUCAGUUCUGUUUAUAAUAGAUGGUGUAAAACAAUGUUAGCAUUUUUGUAGCGUUCAGAUUCAUUAUUUCUGCAGCUGAUUUGUUACACAUUUCUCAGGGUUUAUUACGCCUUUAUUCGAGAUGUUAUGAAACACUAAUUGAUACAGAACCAGCAAAUAUCUACAUAAUUUACAUCCAUAGGGACUGAUUGAUCUGUUUGAAUAUUUUAAUAUCAUUAAACAAGUGAAGUUUAGCAUUUUGCAGUUUUCUGACGGUUUUCUGACGGUUUUGUUUCAGUUCCUCUCAGAACUUUACGUCCGCUCAACGUUACAUUCAUGCUUUGAUUUUAAUGAUUUGUUUGAACUGAAAUUCAAACAUGCAGCUCCAGUGUCUUUUUUUUUAAUAACUAGUGUAUUAUCUCUAAUCCAUGCAGAAUUAGAAUUAUUCAUACACUAGUACUGGGUUAACAUCUUUAUCAGUUUGCUUCCGUCCUAGAGGGUCGUUUCAAAUGCUUCAUUAAAAUCCCAACUCUAUGCUAACCUUCAUGGCUGUGAUGCAGCACGUACACAUCAGGUUGGAAAUGCAGCUACGGUUUGUGUCAUGAUGACCUUCUAACACUAGAAGCUUCUCAAUUCAAACCUUUUCUCUAGUUUUUCAUUUUAUUUUGCACCUUUAUUAGUUCAGUCGCUCCAUGGUGUCUCGGUCCAUCCUCUCCAUCUUAUCCAAAGGAAAUAUUUUCAUGUUUUAAACUUGUUGCUGUUUCAUUUAACAGCUGACUGA